UCUUGGUAUGUCCACUUGUGGUCAUGGCAAUCGAAUGCAAAAGUAUGAAAUCUAAAUUAGAAGAAGUGAAAAGGUUCAACGAGACUCUGGACAUGUCUUUGCUGAUCAUGUGCAGGGAGCGUAUGGAGAAGAACAUGGCAGAGACGAUGGAGAAGAAGAUGGCAGAGAUGAUGGAGAAGAGGAUGGCAGAGAUGAUGGAGAAGAAGAUGACAGAGAUGGUGGAGAAGUUGGCAGAGGAGAAGAGGUUGGGAGAGAAGAAGAAUUUGCCAGAGAUUAGGAAAUUGGCAGAGGAAAGGUAUAACUCCGUGCGCAGAAAAUAUUAUGUAUGGAGAUUUGCUUAGCCUUGCAAGAGUUGGGCCAAGUUCAUCUGUUUACCAUGUUUUCGGAGAAUUGAGCUCGUCUUGCUCCAAUAAACUUCAUUAGGGAUUUGUUCUUCGUACAAGACCGAGACGAGUGCAAUGUUCAUUAACAUUGCAUAAUUGUUUGCAGGAAUUUAUAGUUUUCCGCUAUUUUUUUUCAGAGGAAUCAUCGAUUGCCAUAUGUCUACGUGUAUGGUACGCUCAUACUAUAUUAGUAGCAGAAAAUCA